CGUUUUCAGCGAAACUUCGGUCACACUCAAGCCACCAACUGCGAAAAUCAUUUGUAAUCUUUAAACGCAGUUUUUAUGCCUAGAAACACCUGAAAGUGCUGCAAAACACAUUCACCCACAGCCGGGAGUUCGUCUUGAGGCCGAAACUUAAAGAAUUAGGGGUGAAAACUGCAUUUGAAAGUGGACUUGUGGUGCGAAGAAAAAAAUUUUGCAGCAGAAAAUUCCCAGAUUAAAGAGGAGACGAAGAUCAAGAGCAACAACAGGAACACCCCAGCAGCAACAGAAAGGAACAAGGAACAGCAAAAGCAGGGGAAAAAGCAAAAGCGUCAACGGCAACGGCUUCACAUUGGACAUGUCAUGUCAGCAAGUCUCCAGAUUCCAAGCAGCCACAUUAGCUAAAAGCACAGCAGCCAGCAGGAGAAUUGCCACCGCAGCAGCAGUAGCAGCAGCCGCAACAACAGCAACAGCCGCCACUGCGAUAACCGCAGCAGCAGUCGCAAAAGCAACAUCCGCAACAGCAGCUACUGCGGCAGUAACACUGACGCCAGUGGAGAGCAUUGCCGCCGCCAAGACGACGUCCGAGGACACGGAUCCCUAUGCCUUCACAGAGACCGUGGCAGUCGCACCACCCAUUUUAUUCAAUGCACAGAAAUCGCGAGCCCGCUUAAGCGACAGCAGCAGCAGAAGCAACAACAGCAGCAGCAGCAACAAGAGGCAGUCGGCGUCAGCAGCUGCGGCCAGCAGGAAGGCGAGUCUGGUGCUCCAACUGAACGCCACAGCAGCUGCAGCAGCCACCGCGAAGGCGCAGGCGUCUUUGGCGACUCACACAACCACAACGAAUUUCCAUCAUGUCACGCAAUCUCAGAGACAGUCCGCUUUGUCGCCAAUGCUGCAGUUGCAACUGCCGCUGCAAAGCUUGCAGUCACAGUCCCAACCGUCGCAGGCAUCGCCGAAGCGGGCCACUAACGUGUGCAUAGUCCGCCCGCAGCAGCAGGAGAAGGAGUAUCGCCAGCCAACGGUUGUCACACCACCACCACCGCCGCUCUAUUCCCAUACGCCGUCGCUGUGGCAGACGCCGCUGCUGCUGGACAAUGGCCAAAAGCAAACGCAGCCGCAGCAGCCUAAGCAGCAGAAGCAGUCGCAGCAGAAACAGUUACAGCAACUGCAACAGAACAAGCAGCAGCAGCAACAACAAAUUGUCCAGCAGCAGCAACAGCAAAAGCAGCAUCUUCUACAACAACAGCACCUCCAGCAACAGCUAGCUCUCCAGCAGCAGCAGCAGCAGCAACAACAGCAGCAGUCAAUUGCCAUUUCGCUGGUCAGUCCGCCCACAUCGCCCGCCUCGUUAACCUCGCCCACAUUACCACCAGCCACCGCUGCUGUGACUGCCAUGGUGGCGCCGAUCUCUGUCUCGCCCAAGGGUGGCUUGCCAUUGCCACCGUCAAAAUUCCAUCAUACUACGUUGGCGCAGCACUUGCAGAAGGUGGAGUGCUUAAAGAAAAAGAAAUCCUUGCCGUUGGCUAGCCAAAACAACAACAACAUCAAGAUGCUGAAUAACAACAACAACAAUAUAGUGGAAUCACUGAACAAACCAGUGAUGGCGCAGGGCACGAACUUCAAUCAAACGCAGCCGCCACCACUGACAGUGUUCAAUACAUCAACAGUGGCAACACCACCACCACCACCACAGAAACAUUCCUCCGGCAACACUGGCGAUCUCAAUGAGAUUCCCGUCAACGUUAUCUUCCGCAUGCCAUCAGUGGCGGCAGGAGGAGGUAAUGCAAUCGAUGGAACAACGGGUGUUAAGUUGGUGACGCCUCUGACUCCGCCCACACCGCCGGAUAUGUUGGCUCCCCCUUUGCUAGCACACAUGCAUCCCACAGCUUGUGUUCCGGCUCUGACUGUUCCCAGCAACAAAGGGCUCAAGGUGGUUUCCCCGCCAGCUAAGCCCAGCAGCUCUGAAGUUGUUUUGUCACCGCCUUCCAGCGCACUGCAAGCACCAUCACUCACAGCAACACCACCCGCCACAUUAGCAGCCAAUAAAAAUGAACAAAUGUCUUCCAAAGCGGCCGCCAGGAGAGGCAAUAACAACAACAACAACAACAUUGCAGCUAAGAAAUUGCCAACUACUGCGACGAUGCCACCGCCGCCGCCCCAGGAACCGAUUGCUACAUCGCCACCUCCGUUGCCCAUUAAGUCGGAGCCCGCUGCGCAUCGCCAGCGUCGCCGCAAGACCGCCUCCAAACGCUGCAGCUCGGUGACCCUAAGUGAAAACGAGACCUUUCCUUCGGACUCGCCCUACUGCUUGCAGCAGCACUGGCUGCAUUCCACUUCCGGCCGGGAUCUGUCUUUGGAGACGCCGCUUUCCCCAAGCAAUCGGCGGGAAGAAAGGAUCGCGAUGCGGAAAGGACUCUUGCGACGUCAGGCCCUGCAGCUGCUGUCCACACGUUCGCUGCAAGAUCUGCCCAUGCGGGCGGCCAGACAGCGGUUGCAGUGCGUCCAAAAUAUGCUGCUAAAGUACCAGGAUCAUGCCGGUCAGCAGCAGGGCAUUGGCAUUGGCAAUCGCUGUCUGGUGGCCAACUGCAAAUUGCCAACGCUAAGCAUGGCGGCUCACUGCGAUCGCCACAUUGUGAACAACAGCACCCAGCAACUGUUCCAGCCCUGCGUGGCCUGGCGAAUGGAUGGAACCGCCUGUCAGGCUCCCGUCUUCGAUGUCUUGCACACGCUGGCCUUGUGCACGGUGCACAGUCACCUGCGUGCCGGCCUGGAUGCUGCUCGUCCACCGCCAAAGAAUGCAACAUCCGUGGCUGGAGCUGUGACGAUGUGUGUGCCCGUAAAGCAGCGCAAACGCAAGGCCAAUCCAAAUCCGGUGGUGCGUCCACAGAAACGGGGAAGGAAACAGGCAGGCGGGGAGCAGCAGAUCAGCAUCACCAAUCUGCCGCCUAUACCGACAGCAGGAAUGGGAAUGCAGCGCAAGAGCAGCACCACCUCGCUGGAGUCCAUAGCCAGCAACUCGCACUCCUCGGCCGCCUCGCAUUCCCAAGUGUUGCCGUACACGCCCGCAACGCAGACCAUGUCCAUACUGCCGGCUUUGGCUCCGCUAAGUGGGGAUUAUCAGCCCAAGCAGCAACAGCAGCAGCAGCCGCCGCAGCAACCGCUCUUGGUGCCCAAAUUGGAGGCAGAGGAGUUGCCACUGUUCAGUGACCACCAGCAGCAGCAACAUUUGGAUAUUAAGGCCGAAGAGAUUAGCCAAAUUGUGGCCCAAUUGGCGGCUGCUGGUGGGGACUUGCAGCACCACAACAACAACAAUAAUAGCAGCAAUCACAAUCAUAAUAAUACCAACAAUAAUAUCGUGCACUUCAACAAUAACAACAACAACAAUAUAAACUAUAGCAACAAUAAUAACCAGCACAGUUUCCCGUCAUUCAACACGGCCUUUGGCAAUGCCAUGGGUCAACCCAUAACUACAACAACAGGAGGAGUAACAACAACAAUCACGCACAACGGUCCAGCUGUUACUCCAGCUACACCUGCUAUCCUGGCCAACACCGCAGAUCUGCUCGGCCAGGAUAUGUUUGGAAUCUGUGAGAAUAGCUCAGCAUACGCCAGUUCCGAGGACACGGGUCUGGGUGGAAUCAGCGAGUCGGAGCUAAUGGCGGGCGCUCACGAUGCUGAUGAUAUAGCAUUGAACGGUGCCCACUUGCUGGAAGAGCACGAUCUGGUAAAUGUGUUCGACACGCUGCCGGACGAUGCCUUCAACGAGCUGUUCCAAUCCGUGCAACAAGCCGAGUGCGAGGCCAUGGACCGGGCGCUGGAGAUUGCCGAUAAGAACCUUAAGUGUCUGCAGCAGACGAUCGGCGGUUCGGCGGACAGUGCGGAUUUCCUUAACGAUUUCCUUGACGUAAGCGAUGAUCUGCUGGCGGACGCAGUGAUGCACUCGCCGAACACGUCGGGCAUUGAUGCAGCCACCCUGUUCGUGGACAGCAGCAGCGGCGGCGGCAACAGCAGCAGUAAUGGCGCCUCCUCCGACAUCCGGGGCCUGGUGCUACAGACCUAAUUCGUCGGAAUGCGUCAGGCUGAAUCGAUACUUUCAAGAGAGACAAGAGAUUUUCAAAGCUACUACACAGUUUUACUUCUAAGCAGCAGCAGCAGCUUUCGCCAAGAUAUUUUCAAUAUUUUUCAUUAUAAAUUUCGGACAAAUUUUUGAUAAAUUUCUCAA